AUGGAUAAGCUUCCAACCAUAGAUUUUGGAAAGCUAGAGUUGAAACCAGGGAGUGAAGAAUGGAUUUCAGUAAGAGAACAAGUGUACAGAGCAUUAGAAGAAUAUGGUCUUUUUGAGGCCAUACUUGAUGGUGUUCCAACCCAAAGCCUAUAUGAAAAAAUAAAACAUGUUUUCAGUUUCCCUUUGGCUACAAAAUUAGAAAAUUCUAAACUAUUUACUGGUUACAUUGGGGGUAACCCUGCAUUUCCACUUUGGGAGGGAAUGAUCUUUAACCAUAUCCUCAAUCCUUGUGUUAUUGAAAACUUUUCCAACCUCCUUUGGCCUUCUGGAGAGCCAGAAUUUUGUGAUUUGGUGCUAUCUAGCGCCAAGAGAUUAAGAGAAUUUGAUGAGAUGGUGAGAAGAAUGAUAUUUGAGAAAUUGGGCAUGGAGAAAUAUUGGGAUGAGCACACAAAAUCAAUAACCUGCUCAAUUAGUUUCUUCAAGUACAGAUUGCCUAAAAAGGAUGAGGAGACAAAGACCAUUCUAAGCCAACAUCAAGUAAGUGGGCUGCAAUUUAAGACCAAAAAUGAGCAAUGGCUUGAGGUUGAAUACUCAUCACCUAAUUCAUUCCUAUUCCUUGCUAAUGACUGUUUGAAAGCACUUCCAAAUGGUAGGUUGCACUCCCCAUAUCAUCAAGUGAUUAUGGGAAACAGAGAGGUAUAUACCAAAGAAGGAUAUAUCAUAAAAGUACCAGAGGAACUUGUUGAUGAAGAUCAUCCUUUGCUCGACAAGCCCUUUGAUGCUGUCAAAUAUCAUGAGUUUUGUGUCUUAGCUAAAAGUCAAGGUGUCGCUCUCACUCUUGAGAACCUUUGUGGUGUCAAAAAUUUUUGGGAGUCAUUGAUCGCCGUGCAGUCUAUCUUGAAGUAA